AUGUUCGUCCUCGUCCCCCACAAACACCGCGGCUGCGGCAUACUGUCUCUCCUCCGAUCCUAUCUUCGAAAGUCUCAUUUCCGCAAACACCAACAAGAAUGUGAAUACAAAGAAACACCAGCCCAAAGCACCAAGCCACCCACCCAUCCCACCAAAAACGCCCACCCAGAAACCAACGACACGGACUUCAUCGUCCAACAACUAGCCGCUCUAGCAGCAACAGUCAGCCGCGUAUCAACAAACGACGCCAACACCUCCAUCGACUCAAACGGCUGGACCGAAAAAGACCAAGAAGGCGAAUCCUUCGACUAUCUCCGCAGCCUCAUCACAGUCUCAUACCUUGCACCAAACCCACCCGAAACCACAACCACAACCCCAAACCAAUCCCUCCCCGUCUCACCACCCCUCCGUCGCAAGCGAGCCUCCUCACGCCUCAGUCUCCGACUCGACGUCCCCAUUCCAUCUCUCUCCUUUCCCCCGAAGGCCGUCCGCAAACCAAAGGCCUCGCCGCGCUACACUAUCCUCCCACCCGCCUACACCGCAAAGCCAAUCUCCAUUCGCCCGGAGGUCCGCUUCUAG